UGCCAUAAACGUCUGCUGCGGAGAACUGUUGAUCAUCAAAUCAAAAAUCCAUUGGAUUCGAUUCUUCCACUCUCCCUCAAAACUCGACCUCCAAGUCGCAAUACUCGUCAACCGACAGCUGGAUGAUGCUCCUCCUUGUGCUGCAUUUCCUCUCCAUUGCUCAAGUCUCCACACAUUUUGAGAAUUUUGACUUCACUUGCUGAUUUGGGGCUCUCUGCAAUUGCAUUACGUGCAACUCGUGCUGUUCCGACUGCUGCAUGCGUCGCAGUUGAUUGGAGGCCAUUGGGUAAAGUGUGGGUGGUGAAAUGGGUAAAGGAUUUAGGGCUUUUAUGGAGAUGCGGGAGUGAAUCCGUUUUUUUGACACCGCGAAACGGCGCUAGGAUGAGCAGCGCGGGUGGCCCCGUGGAGAGAGACAUCGAGCAGGCAAUUACUGCUCUAAAGAAAGGCUCACAGUUACUCAAGUAUGGAAGAAGAGGAAAACCCAAGUUUUGUCCAUUUCGCCUUGCAAAUGAUGAGUCUGUUCUGAUAUGGUUCUCGGGCAAAGAAGAGAAACACCUUAAACUUAGUGAUGUAUCCAGGAUUAUCUCUGGUCAAAGGACUCCAAUUUUCCAAAGGUACCCACGACCUGAGAAGGAAUAUCAGUCUUUUUCUUUGAUAUAUAAUGACAGAUCACUUGAUGUGAUUUGCAAGGAUAAGGAAGAAGCAGAAGUGUGGUUUAGUGGCCUUAAGGCAUUGAUUUCCCGCUAUCAUCAGCAUAAAUGGAGAACCGAAUCAAGGAGUGAUGGUAUUUCCUCUGGAGCUACUAGUCCUAGAAAAUAUACAAGAAGAAGUUCUCCACUACAUUCUCCAUUUGGAGGCAGUGAUAGCUUGCAGAAGGAUGGAAGCCAACUUUACCUCCAUACUCCUUAUGAUAGUCCUCCAAAAACUCAUGUGGAUAAGGCAUUUUCAGAUGUUGUAUAUGCUGUGCCUCCAAAGAGUUUCUUCCCUUUUGAGUCUGCCAAUGGUUCUACCCAUUUGAUUUCCUCUGGUGACUCAGAUGGUGUGAAUGGUCUCAUGAAAGGUAUGGGAGCGGAUGCCUUCAGAGUAAGCCUUUCCAGUGCUGUAAGUUCAUCAAGUCAAGGUUCUGGUCAUGAUGAAAAUGAUGCUCUGGGAGAUGUUUUCAUUUGGGGCGAGGGGACAGGUGAUGGCAUUAUAGGUGGUGGACCACAUAGAGUUGGAAGUAGUUCUGGUGUACACAUGGAUUCAUUGCUUCCCAAGGCAAUGGAAUCUGCUGUUGUAUUAGAUGUGCAGAGCAUAGCUUGCGGUGCACAACAUGCUUCUCUAGUAAACAAGCGUGGAGAAAUCUUCUCUUGGGGUGAGGAAUUGAGAGGCAGGCUUGGUCAUGGUAUAGAUUCUGAUGUCCUGCAUCCAAAGCUGAUGAAUACCCUCAUGAAUACUAAAAUCGAGCUUCUUGCGUGUAGUGAUUAUCAUUCUUGUGCAGUCACACUUUCUGGGGACUUGUACACAUGGGGUGAUGGCCAUUUUGGUGCUUUAGGGCAUGGAAAUGAAGUGAGUCAUUGGAUACCAAAAAUAGUAAAUGGGCCACUGGAGGGGAUUCAUGUAUCUGCAAUUUCUUGUGGACCUUGGCAUACUGCUCUCGUAACAUCUGCUGGCCAGUUGUUCACUUUUGGUGAUGGAACAUUCGGGGUUCUUGGUCAUGGAGAUAGGGAAAGUAUAUCGAGGCCCAGAGAAGUGGAAUCACUAACGGGUUUCCGUACCAUGCGAGUGGCAUGCGGCGUUUGGCACACUGCUGCAGUUGUUGAUGUUGUGGAUGGAAGCUCAAGUUCCAGUAAUUGUUCUUCAGGCAAACUUCUUACAUGGGGGGACGGCGACAAAGGUCGACUUGGACAUGGUGACAAGGAGUCAAAACUUGUCCCAACCUGUGUCACUGCUGUUGCUGAGCCAAUAUUUUGCCAGGUUACCUGUGGACACAGCAUGACGGUAGCUCUUACUACCUCCGGUCAUGUAUAUACUAUGGGUAGUCCAAUUUAUGGGCAACUAGGGAACCCGCAAGCUGUUGGGAAGCUCCCUUCUCGUGUUGAAGGGAAACUAGCUGCUAGUUUUGCGGACGAGAUAGCUUGUGGUGCUUACCAUGUGGUUGUUUUGACUUCAAAAAAUGAAGUGUAUACCUGGGGGAACGGAGCGAAUGGUAGAUUAGGUCAUGGAGAUGCAGAUGACAGAAAUUCUCCAACUUUAGUAGAAGCUUUAAAGGAUAAGCAUGUGAAGAGUAUUGCUUGUGGUACUAAUUUUACUGCAGCUAUAUGCCUCCAUAAGGGAGUUUCAGGGGCUGAACACUCCAUGUGUUCUGGCUGUCGUCAACCAUUUAAUUUCAAAAGAAAACGUCACAAUUGUUAUAACUGUGGACUUGUAUUUUGCCAUUCAUGCAGCAGCAAGAAGUCACAAAGGGCUUCUAUGGCACCAAAUCCAAACAAACCGUACCGUGUUUGUGAUAAUUGCUUCAAUAAAUUGAAAAGGCCUUUUGAAGUUGACACACCAUCUCAGUCAUCUGUGAGUAGACGAAGAAGUAUGAAUCAGGGGAUAAAUAAUCCUGUCGUCAAAGAUGAAAAGUUGGAUAUAAGAUCCCGCCCCCCUCUGGCUAGGUUCUCUUCUAUAGAAUCCUCAAAACAAGGGGAGAUUCACACCACAAAGAGGAAUAAGAAACUUGAUUUCAAUAGCAAUCGUGUGUCACCAAUCCCAAGUAGAAGUUCUCAAUGGGGGUCAACUAACUCUUUUGAUCCAGUCUCUGGAUAUUCAAAAAAAUUAACUUCAGCUUCAGUUCCUGGAUCGCGAAUUGUUUCUCGAGCAACAUCACCAAUAUCAAGAAGGAGCAGUCCCCCUCGUGCUUCUACACCCACUCCUACUUUGGCAGGACUUACAUCACCUAAGGUGGCUCUGAACGAUGCUACACUGACAAAUGGUAGCCUUAGCGAGGAAAUUAUAAAUUUGAAAGCCCAGGUAGAAAAUCUCACCCGCAAGGCUCAACUUCAGGAAGUGAAGCUGGAAACAUCCACUAAACAGCUCAAGGAUGCAAUAGCAAUUGCAGGGGAAGAGACUGCUAAAUGCAAAGCUGCAAAAGAAGUGAUUAGGUCGCUUACAGCACAACUAAAGCAGAUGGCUGAAAGGCUUCCUGUUAGUUCUGCAAGGAAUGUCCAGCGUUCACCUACCCCUCUUGGUAUACCCUCGACAGAUGAAGCUUCCAAUGUCACUGUCGAUAUGCUGAAUGGUCGAUUAGAUGGCCAGGAAGUGCAUCCAUAUGAAUCAAGUAAUCUGUUGCCUUCUAACAGGUCCAGCAUAGCAAGCCAUCACAGUUUCAAUUACGACAAACAAGGUCAAACUGAAGCAGUCAUGAGAACUGGAAUUAGAAUAAAAGAAAGCGAUUCUCAUGAUGAAAAUGAGUUGGUUGAGCAAGACGAGCCUGGUGUUUAUAUAACUUUUACCUCCCUACCUGGCGGGCUAAAAGAUCUGAGGCGUGUUCGUUUCAGCCGAAAGCGAUUCACUGAGAAGCAAGCAGCACAAUGGUGGACAGAAAAUCAGGCAAGAGUAUACGAGCGUUACAACUUUCGAAUUCUCGAUAAAUCAAGUGCUGGUGCAGGGAACAGGACUCAGCUCACUGACAUCCAAUAUACAUGAUUCUUUUAUUUUUCUCCUACUUGCUAAGAUAUACUCUCCUGUCUCACUAAAUAGUGCACACUUUUUGCAUUUGGAUACAAUUCACAUUUCCUUUAUCUGCAUACUCAUACUCUACUAACAUUAUAACCUACUUACUGUAAUAUUUAUGUCAUGGUCUAACAUGCAUUAUUAUGUAGGAUUACAAAUAUUUGAUUAAGUCAUAGGAAAUACAUGUUUGGGCC